GUUCUAUGGUUUGAGAGUGAAACCAUCGAUUAGUAACUCAAUACUCAGAGAUUACGUAUUGUGUUGUAAGUUCUUAAAAUUGUUUUUUCAUAAAAUAAUGUUAUAUUUCUAAAAUAUACUACAUCAACAAAAAACGUAUUAUCGGAAUUAUGCUUAGAACCAGAGUUACGACAGAUAUCUUGUACUAGAGGAAAAUAACUGUAUUAGGGUUAGCUGACAGUAAGCUGAUGGUAUAAUUUAUGAAUUCGUGUUUGGUUUUAUUGAACUUGGCAUUCUUGAUGAGGACACAGUUGUAAUAGGACGCCAAGGGAGCGCAUACUUUGAGACGUUCACCUUACGUCGCCAUUUUUGAAGAAGAUCAAAACUUCGAGUGAAAAUAAAGUUUGUGGAAGAUUGGUGCACCAUUUAACAUAGGCCUACCUUUCAUGUGUUUUUUUUUCUGUUUGAGAACAUUUGCGACCGACACAUGAAAACUGCAUUAAGAGCAUCAACAUGACUGUUACAGCCAGUCCCUCCAUUAUGACGUCGUUGUUUACGAACGUUGAUGAAGAUAUAAAUUCUCAGACGACAAUUCAACCGGAAGUUCAGUUAUCUACAGUUGAAAAAGUGAUUGAAGUUACAAUAUUAUGUAUGAUUUGCAUAACUGCGUUGGUCGGUAACUCGUUACUAUGGACUGUUAUAAUAAAAACACCUUCGUUACGCUCGACAUCAAGCGCCCUCUUGUUAUGUCUUAGUUUUGCAGAUAUCAUGGUGUCUGUCAUAAAUAUGCCUUUCACAAUUUACGCAAUCAUUACCAGUGGAUGGAAUCUUGGUGAACUCUUGUGCAAAAGCCUUGGCUUUACUAAUAUGCUGACGUUCGUUGCGUCUGUGAUGUCACUAGGAGCCAUCAGUAUUAAUCGUUAUGUCAUCAUUGUCAGGCAAAAGUAUGCAUCGAUGGCGAGUAAAAAAAGUACAGGUAUUUUAAUUCUAGGUGUUUGGUUGCUGUCUGCGUUGUUAGCGUCGUUACCUCUUCUAGGCUGGAGCGAAUAUGCUUUCAUUGCCAACCAGUCGUUUUGCUUCUGUAGGUGGACCGUAGAGGAAUCGUACGCCUAUUUUAUGAUAAGCAUGUGUUUUGGAGGGCCAUGUUCCAUUAUGCUUUUCUGUUAUUGGAAUAUUCUUAGAGAAGUGAAACGCAGCAGACGACGCGUGUGUUCACGCGGUCCGAGUAUGAUCGAAGGUGUUGAUCGAGAAGUAUCACUCCGCCGUUUUCGCCGACUGUUCAGUGUGAAACGGCGAGAUAGCCAACUUUCAAGUAUAUCUGAAAUUAAAGAAAAUAUCGUGUAUUCAAUCGCUGACGCGGUUCCCAUGAGAAAACUGUCGGAGGAAAGCGAUGAAAAUCACACAGAAAAUAACACCGAACAAAAGAAAAUGGACCAUGCAAUUAUUGUCACUUCAUGCAGUGACUAUCAGCUCUCCGAGAGAAGAAAAUCAGACCCAACGCCGAAUAAACUACAGGUUACGUACGACAUCCGAGAGGCUAACAGUGACGAUGGACCAUCAACGCGGUCGCCGAAGAGAGAGAAAUCCGAACCGGGGAAUCGUACAUCGCCAUGGAAACGCCAAAGCUCAACCGUAUCUAUUGGAAUGCAGAAAAACAGUCUUCGCAGGCGCAGGGAAGGAGAGACAAAACUAGCAGUUACUUUUCUAAUUGUCGUCUUUAUGUUUAUUGUCUGCUGGUUGCCAUUUUGUGUAACCAUGAUUUGGAAUGUGUACGACAAAGAAAAAGGAGGAAAAGGAGGACCCCCGAGAGCGUUGGACGUAGCAACACUAAUUUUGGGAUACUUCAACAGUUGCUGUAACCCUAUCAUAUAUGGAAUUAGAAAUAAAAAAUUUCGAGACGCGUAUAAGUCUAUUUUUCAGUUUAGAAAGAAAUCAUUUACAAGCGAGUUGAAUUUCAAACUAAAAAAUGGACGAACUCCGCAAACGUACUUUAAACAAUGAUGGGUAUCGAUUGGUUUACAUUGCUAAUUAAGAAAAAAAUUCUUUUAAACAGAAUAAUAAUAAUAAUUAUUAUUAUUGAUAUUAUUAUUAUUUUAUUAUUAUUAUUA